AUGAAAGCCAAAGUGAGUACAAAGUUUAACUUGAUUGUUAGUGUGACUCAAUGUAGAAAUGCUAGGAGAUAUGCUUUGGAUGAGAUAGAGGGUAGCUUGAUAGAACAUUAUGGUAAAGUAUGGAGUUAUGGUGAAGAAAUAAUGAGGACAAAUCCUGGUUCAACAGUAAAGAUAGAUGUGGAUGUCAUGCCUGAUUCCACCACUUACUUUUCUAAAAUGUAUGUUUGUUUUAAGGGUGUGAAGGAUGGUUGGAUUGCAGCAUGUAGGAGGGUAAUAGGGGUAGAUGGUUGUUUUUUAAAGGGUAUAUGUGGAGGCCAACUGUUAGCAGCUAUGGGUAGGGAUGCAAACAACCACAUCUUCCUUAUUGCAUGGGCUGUGGUGGCAGUAGAAAAUAAGGAAACAUGGAAGUGGUUUCUUGACCUCCUACUAGAUGAUAUUGAAAUGGGAAUUGGUCAUGGAUUGACCCUCAUAUCAGACCAACACAAGGGAUUGGUAGAGGUUGUCAAAGAAAGAGUUCCAGCAGCAAAGCAUAGACAAUGUGCUAGGCACAUCUAUGCUAACUUCAAGAAAAGAUUAAAAGGUGAACAAUAUAGGAAGUUGUUUUGGGCAACUACUGCAAGUACUACUCAACCUAAAUUUGAGGCAGAAAUGAAUUACAUAAAAACAAUUGACCCUUUAGCUUAUGAACACCUCAUGGAAAGGGACCCUAAAAGUUGGUGCAGGGCAUUCUUUGAAGUGGAUAGGGCUUGUGAUGCUUAUGAGAAUGGCAUAUCAGAAAGUUUCAACUCUGUUAUUGAUCUUGCUAGGAAGAGACCACUCCUCACCAUGUUGGAAGAGAUUCGGAUUUAUGCAAUGGAGAGGAUGUAUAGAAUGUUGCUAGAGGGACAAAGUUGGGGUAAUUUAAAAAUAUGCCCAUUUAUAAGAUUAAAGAUAUCAAAGUUAAAGAAACAGCAAAGAUUUUGGGGAGUUAUACCUUCUGGGGUACAAAAAUAUGAGGUUAGGAUUGGAAACGAUGGAUAUGCUGUGGACCUUAACAACAACACAUGUGGAUGUAGAUCUUGGCAAGUAUCAGGUAUCCCAUGUGUGCAUGCAGUGGCAGCCAUUUCAUACCUCAACAGGAAUGCAGAGGAUUAUGUUGCACCAUGGUUCCAUACAACCAUGUUCUUGACUUGUUACAACCAUACCAUUAACCCACUUAAUGGUAGUUCCAUGUGGCCUGAGGUUCCCUACAUGAAGCUAUUGCCUCCUCAAAAAAGAAGGUUACCAGGAAGGCCAACCCUUAAAAGGAAAAAGGAUCAAUCUGAGAUGGAAAGCAAGGGGAAAAGAAGGCAUACUAUCUCAAAAGCAGGUUCAGUUAAUAGAUGCACUAUUUGUAGAGAAAGGGGCCAUAAUAGAUCAACAUGUCCUACUAGACCAGCAGAUGUAGCAUCCACUUCAAGGCCAAAAAACAAGAAACCUAAAAAAUGUAAAAAAGAGAAAGGUAAAGUGGAACCAGUUCAAGUGUAUCCAGUUCAAGCAGAUCCAGUGGAUCCAGUUCAAGUACCAGCUCCAAAUGUUGAACCAAUUCAAGCAGAUCCAGUGGAUCCAGUUCAAGUACCACAUGUUGAACCAGUUGAUGAUCCAGCUCCACAUGUUGAACCAGUUUAA